AUGUAUGCAGGUGCUCACCAAAGAAGCAGCUCGAAUCCCCGCUCUUAUGUAGCGCCAGAUGCCAGCUCGCUGAGUGGACGAAGGGACGAUCCAGCCUCUCAAGGAAUGUACGGCAAUGAUGGCGGGUACAGUGCAUACCAACAUGCUGGGUAUGGCGGAGUGAGUAAUGUUGGUGGUUACGGAGGGUACAGUGGUGGCAUGAAUCUUGGUGGUUAUGCCGGCGCAUCGUCUUCACCUUCUGCUCCUUCCGGUUCUCGUCGCACUUCAGGACCCAAGCUCUCCACUCCACCUCAAGUAUCGGCAUCGGCUGCCGACCCUUCCCCAUCUUCACGGUACUACCCAACGGCGCAAGGCCAGCAAACCGCAGAUGCCUCGGGUCACCAUCAGUCGCCUUACCAACCCUCCUCCGCGCCGCCACAGGUGCUGAGUCACCAUCACUCCAGCAUGAGUGGUCAACCUCAGACAGCUCAUCCUUAUGCCAAUCAAUACCAGCAUUAUUACGAUCAACAAGGUCAGCAUCAGCAAAGCUCGAACCAAUGGGCGAAUUACCCAUCCACUUCCUCUCAUUCCUACGCGUCUGCUGCUCCACGCAGCAACGCAGGUCAGUCCAACACCACUCCGACCUUACCACAAAGUGCGACUCUAGGUGAUAACCAUCAUCGGUCUUCUGCUGCUGCAGGAUCAUACGAGUACCCUUCUACAACCUCUUCAUAUCAGUCUUGGCCAACCCAUGAACAACCCCGAAGUACUUCCGGACAACAACAGCAGGCAUGGCAACAGCAACCAACAUCUUCACGUCAACCUCAAACUCAAACAGCCUCUUCGUCAUCCUUGCAACAAGGUGCUUGGCAAGGCUAUGGUAGUCAUGCGCCGAUGUCUCAAACGAUGCCACCUCAUCAUAUGGCUUCAGGUCAAUACGGAUGGCAACCGCAAUGGAAUGGUCAGCAAUACGUCUAUCCUCCGGCACCUGCCCAUACGCAAAACACCCAUGCUCAACAGUCAGCUCAACCCUUACCAGGAGCCGGACCUGCAUCUGCAACAGGGCUUCUCUACCCAACGGGUAAGAAACCCAAGAAGGAGAAGAAAGAGAAACCACCCAAAGCUGAAAAACCUGAGAAGGCACCAAAACUACCCAAGCCUCCCAAGCGUUCAAAGGAGGAUCUAGCUGCUGAUUAUCAAGGACUCGGUAAAAGAGCUAUAGAGUCGAGCACCGAAGAGGAAGUUGAGGGCAAAAAGGAUGGUAGGAAGAAGAAGGGUAAGAAGGAUGGCGAAAAGGAGAAAGAGAAGUUGCCUCGAGCCCAUCCCAAAUCACAUCUCCAUCCACCUCGACAAGCUCAAUCAGCCUGGCAGCUAUUCUUCACCGACGAACUCAAUAAAGCCAAAGCUGCCGCUUCGCAAGGCAACUCACCUGGCGGAACACCUCACCAUGUUAAACUGAACGUAGCUCAGAUCGCCAAAGACGCUGGUGUCGCUUACGCUUCCCUCGGUGAUGAGCAGAAGAAGUAUUACGCUCAAAAGGUGCAGGAGAGUAAAGAACAGUACCUCAAGGAGCUCGCCGCAUGGCAAGCUACCCUUACUCCCGAAGAUAUCAAAGCUGAAAAUGCUUUCCGAGCUCAACAACGUAAGGAAGGUAAAUCGAGGAAAGGUAAUCUCAAGGAUCCCAACGCUCCCAAGAAACCCCUCUCGGCCUAUUUCUUGUUCCUCAAAGGUAUUAGAGAGAAUGACGAUAUCAGGGCGAAAGUUUGGGGGGAAGAGUCGGAGACCACCAAGCAGAGUGUAUUGGCUGCUGAAAAGUGGAGGAGUUUGACGGAUGACGAGAAGAAGCCCUACUUGCAACAAGCUGAACAUGAUAAGCAAGAGUACGAAGCCGCUCGUAAGAUAUAUGAAGAGGAAGCGGCUGCCCGAGCGCGUGGGGAAGACGUACCUCUUCGACCACCCGUCAUGCCUGAAUCAUCCACUCAUCCCGCUCCGGCCCCAAUCUCCCUUCUUAAAGAUGAUACCAAACCUUACCAAUCUGGCGAACACAGCUCAUCGGAUCCCGUGAAACCCUCUUCUCCUGCUGGCGACCAUCCACCUUCAUCGGAACCGAAUUUUGCUGGGUUCGAAAAUCCUGAUAACAACGAGUCUAACGAGAAUACCCCUGCUCCGAACGCUUCGGGUGAUUUCGAAAUGGACGAAUUCAAGGGCUUCACCGAUCCUCUCCAGGAUAUGGAUCUGACCGGACUCGAAGGGAUAACAGCUGGCGGCGACGGGAAUGAACCUCAGUGGGACGAAUUGCAGAAGCUGAUGGGUACCACGGACGAUGGGUAUGAUAAUUCAUCAGAAGAGAAACCCAAGAACGAGGCCAUUGAGAACCCAAAUAUCUCGAUUGCUCCUACAGUCGCCGAGGCACAAGCUGCUUCCAACGAGAACCAACAAUUUGCCGGAAUCAAGUCUGAAGCGGAGGUUCAGAAUCUUGCUACUGAGGCUGAAGGCGUAUCGGUGGUUCCGCAAACUCUUCCUCAAGUGAAUCAAGAAGGGUCUGGAGUACCUACCGAAGAAGUGAACGAACUGCCACCUGCUGGUGUACCUGUUGCUGAUGAUGUGGCUCUACCUACGGGAGUACCCACAACGACUAGUGAGGUACAGCCUGCUGCAGAAGGUUUGUCGGCAGGUCCUGUGGUAGAUGGAGUGUGA